AUGGAUCAAUACGAUUGUUUAAAUAAAGCUCAAUUGAGCUUUGAAUAUUUGCAUACAAAUUCAACAACACAUACAUUUCUUUUUGGAGCAUUAGCUGAAUUAGUUGAUAAUUCACGUGAUGCUGGUGCAAGAAAUCUUGAUAUUUAUACAUGUAAAGAUCCAUCUUUACGUGGAGGUUUUUAUUUGGCUUUUUUGGAUGAUGGUUGUGGCAUGCAUUAUGACGAUGUAUUCAAUGUAAUCGUAUUUGGUAAAUCAGCUAAACGUCAUGCUCCAGAUUCCAAUCAAAUCGGUCAAUAUGGUAAUGGUUUAAAAUCAGGUGCUAUGCGUAUUGCUAAUGACUUUAUAUUAUUUACAAAAAAAGAUAAUAUUGGUACAUGUUUAUUUCUUUCACGUUCAUUUCAUCAAGAAGAACAUAUUUCCCAAGUAAUAUGUCCAAUGCCAUGUUUUGAUUUACAUACACAACAACCAAUUCAAAAUACGGAUUAUCAACAAUUAAAUGGUACACGUACAUAUACAUAUGAUAAAAUAAAACAUGAACUUGAAAUGCGUUUAAUAAACAAAUAUUCACCAUUUAAAACAAUAGAUGAUUUAUUCAAACAAUUUAAUUUAAUAACAUCAUCAAGUGGUACAUUAAUUGUUUUAUAUAAUGUUAAAUUAUCUGAUACUGGUGAACCUGAACUUGAUAUUAAAACUGAUCCAUAUGAUAUUUUAAUUGAUUCUAAAAAUCGACGAAAUUUAUUUGAUGAUGAUGAUGACAGUAUUCCUCUUGAAUAUCGUUCACUUCGUGCUUAUGUUUCUAUACUUUAUUAUGAACCACGUAUGCGUAUAGGAAUUCAACGACGACGUGUUAUAACAAAAAAAUUACCACAUACAUUAUAUAAACCUCGACAAUAUCAAUUUAAAUCUACACGUUUUAAAACACGUUCAGAACAAGAAAUAAAAAAAUGUGAAAAAGAACUUGAAUCAUUAGAAGAACGUAAACGUGAAGCUGAUUCACAAGUUCAUCAUAUUCAACAAACAAUUGGUGUAACAACAUCAAUUGAAGAACGUUCACGUUUACGAAAAUUACAAGUUACUGCAGCUGAAUUAAAAGAUAUGACAGUACGUUUACGUAAUGGUCUUUCAAGAAAAAAAUCUGAAAUGAAUACAACUAAAACAUUAACUUUUAUUUUUGGUUUAAAUAUUCAAAAUCGAGCAUCUGAUGGAGUUUUUGUUUAUAAUUGUGGUAGACUUAUUAAAAUGUAUGAAAAACUUGGACAACCUAAUAAAAAGACUGUAUAUUGUCGUGGUGUUGUUGGUGUUGUUGAUAUUCCAUCAAUAGUACUUGAGCCAACACAUAAUAAACAAUCAUUUGCUGAUGAAAAAGAAUAUCAUUUUUUAUUGAAAAAUAUGGGUGAAUAUAUGCGACAAUAUUGGUCUGAUGCUGGCAUUGAAAAUUAUGUUAAAGAAUUUUGGGAAACUUAUGGUUAUCGAGAUGAUCAACUUGAUCGACCACCAUCAAAUGAUCUUGAAGUUGUUAAACGACGUCAAGCAGCUGUGCCAAUGCUUAUUCAAUGUGAUAAAUGUUUAAAAUGGCGUCGUUUACCUUAUGCUAGUAAUACUCCAGCAUUAACACAAGCUCAACUUGAAACAUGGCGAUGUUCAGAUAACACUGAUGUUAUGAAUAAUAGUUGUUCAACAAGUGAAAAACUUGAAAGUAUACCUGAAGGCGAAUUAAAACAAAAACCACAAGCAACAAAUACUCAAAAUCGAACAUCAGGAAAAGUAAAUUCACCACCACCAACAUCAUCCUCAUCCUCAUCAUUAUCAUCAUUAACAACUCGAUCAUCAGGAACAAAUAAACGAGUUUCUAAUGGAGAAAUUUCUUCAACUACAGCUGUUACUAAUUCAAAAUCAAGAUCUUCACGUUCAAAUGUAGUUCCAGCAGUAAUUACUCCACAAAAACGAUCUAUACCACAAUCACGUUCAUUAUCAGCAAAAUCAAAAGCAAAUAAAAAACGAAAACCACUUAGUACACAACGAUCAAAAACAAAAACUCGUGAUGCUAAAAGUGAAAAUGAAGAAGAGGAAGAGGAAGAGGAAGAAGAAGAAGAAGAAGAAAAGAAAGAAGACGAAGAAGAAGAAGAAGAUAAGGAAGAAUUAUCAUCACCAAUAAAUAGAAGAACACGUGGUCAAACAUCAACAAAAACUUCAAAACCUGUCCAAAAAACACCACCACCAACUCCUACUCGAUCUUCACGUUCAUCAAAAAAACCUCCACAACCAACAACACCAUCAGAUUCAGUAACAUCAACAAAUAAUGUUCAUUCCAUUGAUAAUGAUAAUAAUAAUAAUACUAAUAAUAAGAAGAAUGAAAAUUUGGAAACUAAUGAUACAAAUAUCAAUGAUCGUCUUCCACCACCAACAAUUGGUGCACGUGUUAUGGCUAUGUAUCAAGGUGCUCAACGUACAGGAAAAGUUUUAAGUGUAAAUGAUAAACGUGGUAUAUUUAAGAUGCGUUUUGAUGAAUUUCCAACAGCUGAGUUUGAUUAUUCAUUCAGUUAUAAAUCACCAGCAUGGUCUUAUGUUGUUAUUCCACCAGCACCAUCAUCCACAACUACCGAGACACCUAAAAAUGAUAGUGAACCAUUAUUUAGUAUUGUAAGAAAAUUUAAAGCAUUAAUCAAAUUUAUGUUACCACCAGAUUGGGAUUUAACACGUGAACAAAUAACGUCAAUGAGUUAUGAUGACCUAAGUCGAUUUGAUGUUGAAUUAUUUAUGCAAUCAUAUCGAGAAAAAAUGACUCAAAUUGUUGAACAACGUAAAGCUGAUGAAGCACGUUGGCGUGCAUCAGCUCAACGUAUACAAGCUGAAGUGACGGAGUUACUUAAUUUAACUGGAAUGCCCAUUCCAAUUGAUAGUUCAAUGGAUGAUUUUGAACGUCAUAUUCAAGAUUAUAUGACAGAAGCUGAAAAACGACAAAAUACAUCAUCUUGA